AUGAAGAUUAGGGAAGAAAUAAAGAGGGAAAUAGACGGCCUGCUCCAGGAUUUUGACACCAGGUGGGUGCAAAGAUUCGAUGAAUUGCUUUUGCAGCAGACUGCACUAUUUGAUGGGAGGAACGACACCGGCAGACCAGAUCUAAAUGACUCAAACGCACAACUUGCUCUGCCAGUCUUCACACCGCAAGUCUAUUUAGCAGACUUCGUCUCAGAUCCGCAGACUCUGCUCGAAUUCCGGAAUGAGGCUUUCCCACAGCUUCAGCGAUUUGAUCAGCGAGAAAGUUAUAUUAGAGCAGGCAGCCGUCUUCUGACCGCCUAUGACUGGCAGCACUGCGUGGCUUUGCUGAGACAUCCUAGUAUGAGAAGCUGGAUGUCGACUGAGAAGUCCGGAAUCCUAUGGGUAGACACGUACCAAAGCCACAAGCUAGACUGGGCUUCUGUCUUUUCCACACGCCUAGCAGAUGAUUGCGCACGACUUGAUUACUCCAUGGCAUUAGCACAUUUUUGCCAAGGACACUCCACAGGAAAUGCGAUUACCACAGCCGCUAUCCUGAUUCAGUCUUUGAUCUCCAAAUCUAUCUCACUCCAUCAUGAGCAAUUCACAGUUCGGACGGUUGAACUGACUCAACAGCAUUUUCAAGAUGCGCAAAACGAUGUAGAAGAACUCUGGGCGUUGUUUCUAGAAAUCCUCGAGGUAGCAGCAAAAGGGAAGUGUGUAUGGAUCGUUGUCGAUCACGUCGAUAUCCUACAGCAGGAGACGAAUCGGAAGGGGCUGGAAAACGCACUUGCGCUCCUCAGAAAUCUCAACGCAUUGGCAGAUGACCCUGCUAUAACAGUCAAAAUUCUUAUCGCCGCCAGAAUACGGGAUGCUGCACGUCUAUCAACGAAGAUUGCAGAAGCAAGGAUCUUGGCUAGUCGCCAUGCUAUCAUAACCGUUCCUAGGGGCCAUCAUCGGAAUGAAGCUACACUCUUAAAGUCGUCGAAGAAAAUCUCACGGCUACCGGAGCCAAACGUGUCUCUAAACUUCCUACGAGCCUCGCAUACAGCUAAGAGGAAGCCGGAAACGGCGACUGCGCCAAAGGAGGUUGAUGAUGAUACUGGGGAGUCGGAUUCUGCCUCGUUAUUCGACCCUUUCGCAAGCUCCGACGACAGUGAACCAACAACUAGAAGCAAAAAGGCGGCUCAGCAUUCUUGUUCUAGUGAAGACAGCGCUGAUGAAUACUUCUCUCAAACGAGGCCAUUUGGCGAUUUUGCUAAGGAGAUAGGAUGGGAAUCCACAGACGAUGAGGAUCAUUUGAGAAAGCAAGCUAUAUCUCCUCUUACACCAAAGAUCGUGGUCGCAUUCUCGGAGCAUUCACCACGCAGCGGGGCCUCCAGGUCAGGAUCCGACAAGGAUGGUGUUAACGCCGGUGCCAACGAAAUGCAAGCACAACCCGACCUGUCAACACCUAAGGCAGCAGAUUCUGGAAGCAUGUCCCAAAUCCAUAACAGUCUUCCGAAUGACAGUGACAGCGAUGGCGCUUUCGUCUAG